GGGUUCACUUUGCCGCAGCCUCGUUAUCACUCUCUUCAAACUUGUAGUGAUUUUGUGUAUACAAUCUGGGCUGUGAUGGAGCGCUGGCGGGGCAGAGUGGCUCUGGUGACUGGAGCGUCGGUUGGGAUCGGGGCGGCUAUAGCCAUCGAGCUGGUCCGGUGCGGCAUGAAAGUGAUGGGCUGCGCCAGAGACGUCGGGAAAAUACAGAAACUGGCAGCAGAGUGUCAGAGUGCCGGCCACCCCGGUGUUUUGGUGCCUUUCAAGUGUGACUUGACCAAAGAGGAGGAGAUUCUGUCCAUGUUUGCGGCCAUCAAACAGCAGCACAAAGGUGUGGACGUGUGCAUCAACAACGCUGGCUUAGCUCUGGCAGAGCAGCUGCUAAACGGCAAAACCAGCGGCUGGAAGAGCAUGAUGGAUGUGAACGUUCUUGCAGUGAGUAUCUGCACACGUGAAGCGUAUCAGUCGAUGAAGGAGAGAAACGUGGACGAUGGGCACAUCAUAAACUUGAACAGUGUGUGUGGACAUCAGGUCUAUCCCAUUCCUGAUCUGCAUUUCUACACCGCCACCAAGUAUGCUGUAACUGCUCUGACCGAGGCCCUGAGGCAGGAGCUGCGUGCAGAAAAAACUCAUAUCAGAGCCACAAACAUUUCUCCUGGUUUAGUGGACACUGAAUUCGCAUCACGGCUCCACAGCGACGAUCCAGAUAAAGCAGCUGGUUUAUAUGCUUUAAAUAAGCCUCUGCAAACGAAAAACAUCGUCAGUGCUGUCACAUACGCGCUCAGUGCCCCUCCUCAUGUUCAGAUUGGAGACAUUCAGUUUGAUGCUGUGUAGCAGGUGACAUGCACGUUGACAUGCACCCAGCUCAGUCUUCAUAUUAAAGUGUUGUCAUUGGCUCGCCCGACUACUCAAAUCUGCAAAACUAUAAUCAAUUCACAGAAGGUUGAAUCAAAGGAAAUUCAUCCUGCUGUUAACCGCCUUCUUCUCAAAGCCUCUGCUGCUACCUUUGCACAAGCGCCCCUACUGGCCAACUCAAGGAAUACCCCUGAAAACACUGGUUAAUGACAGCUUCCUUCUUACUGUAACAUCUUAGUUGCUGGAGAGUUUUUAAAGUAUAAGUGUACUGCUAAGGAGAUAUUAAUUUGAUUGUUUCUCUCACUGGAUGUACCAAAGUUUCCAUGGGAUGAUUUUAAUCAUGCCUCAUUUAAGAGGACAUUUACUUUUUCAUCUGUAUGUCUCUUGUCCAAUCAGGUCAACAGUGUAUUAGAAAUAUUAAAAAUUCAAUACUAUAAUUUCCCCAAAACUACACAGUUAUAUGAACACACAACUUUCCACAGGCAGAGUUGGGGUCAGGCUGAACAGGAGCCAAGUGACUUAUUUGUUCUUUACAUGUAGAGUGCUCUGAGCAGACAAUUAACUUGGACUGACACGUGAUAAACUUGAACAUAAAAAACGUACG